GCUAAUUUCUUCUGCAUAAUGUCCUCCUGUCACAAGGUGGCACGACUUCUUGUCUUUAUCUCAUCCACUCUGUGCCUUCACGUGCAGGAUGAACAGCUCUUGCGUCGUCGUGUUACUUUGACAGAGCUCGACAGAGGUCAUUUCGUGCAGAGUUUGCAUAAUGUGGAGAGACGCGAUACAACCAACAGCACAAAUCCUAGCACUCCACCGGUAUUGGGACAUUUUGCACAUCUGCGUAAUGACAGGCAUCGUCUUGCCAUUGUGCACUGGUCAGGAGAGAAUAGCUCAGCGAUAUUUAUUCUGACUACUAAUCGGUAUCGGAAUGGUACGUCGCGUGAAUCGAAUUUAUGGAGAUCAAUAGACUAUGGCUAUACAUUCAACAACGAUAACACAAAGGUGAAUACAGCAGUGUUGGACUACUACUACAUCAAUCCACAUGACAAGAUGAAGCUAAUCUUUGUUGGAAAAAUUGCUCAUGUAUUGUACAUCACUGAGAAUGAGGGACAGUCGUACCUUCCCGUGAAAGUUCCAUUUGUGGCAGAUGACAUAGAUUAUAACCCAUCAGAGAAUCGAGACACAUAUCUCACAGCAUAUGACAAGACACAAAAAUCUCUGUAUGUGUCUACUGAUUAUGGAAAAACAUGGAUUUCAUUGGGAAGAAAUAUAACACGAUACUACUGGGAGGUUUUGACUGGUGAAGAUGACACAAAGUUAUACUUUGAAAAGCUACAUAUGUCUGGUAGCAAAGUGUAUGUGGUCUCGUACCCAUACACUUCUAGUAGCAUUAUGGAAUUCCAACCAGACACGGCUAGACCUGAAUUUGAUCAGAAUGUGAUGGUCUUAUCAAAUGAGUACAUUUUGAGUCAGAUUACUGAUUCUACUGGAUCAGCAAGGUUGUAUGUCUCUUACAAGAGAGGUCGAUUUGUUGUUGCUCGCUUUCCACUUCAGCAACAGCUGAUUGAAAAGGAUUAUUUGUUGGUGGAUGCAUCUGAACAUCAGGUGUUUGUAGCUGUCAACCAUCGAUCUAAUCUCACCAGUUUGUACAUGUCAGAAACUAAGGGCAUUUCCUACACUCUUACACUUGGAGAUGUUGUGACAACAAGUGACUCAUCAUGGAAUUCUAACACUGCCAGGGUCCAACUCUAUCGUGUGGCUGGGGAUGAGGAGAAAAGACCCGUUUUUCCACAGCCGAGAAAAGUUUUGGAUGUGAGUUCAGCAACAGUCAAAGCAGCAAAUGAUGGUGGUGCUCUGUUACUGAAGGACUGCACUCAGGGCUUAUAUGCCAUUCGAACACGUGAAGGUAUAGAAAUGACAAUCAUAUACCACUUGCAGAAACAAGAGUUGGUGAAAUGA